UGGCGAGCAGGCAGCUCGGGACGGAGCGGGGCUCCCGGGAAGCCUCGAGGGGGCGGCUGCGCUCUGGGGGACUCCACGGGGGUCGCCAAGGGACCGAGAGCCACUACCCGAGGAGCCCUGGGACCAGGAGGAGGAAGCCAGGGACACAAGUGUCCUGGACAGUCCCCGGGAAGACGGAGCCCCGAGAGAAGGUGUCUCCAGCUGGACACAGGAACCGGCCGACCGGGGACCCCCGUUGGACACCAUAGCACUGAACGAGGAUGGAGGACGGGGAGUACAACUCCUCGCUCCCCUACGACGACGAGUACCUGGAUGACCUGGGCCCCGUGUUGGUGCUGGACGACCACCCUCCCCCGGAGGCCAGGGUGACCCGGGUCCUGGUGGUGGUGAUCUACAGCCUCGUCUGCCUCCUGGGCAUCCUGGGCAACGGCCUGGUGAUCGUCAUCGCCACCUUCAAGAUGAAGAGGACGGUGAACAGCGUGUGGUUCCUCAACCUGGCCGUGGCCGACUUCCUCUUCAACGUCUUCCUGCCGCUGCACAUCACCUACGCCGCCCUGGACUACCACUGGGUGUUCGGCASGGCCAUGUGCAAGGUCAGCAGCUUCCUGCUCAUCCACAACAUGUACACCAGCGUCUUCCUGCUCACCGCCAUCAGCCUGGACCGCUGCGUCUCCGUGCUGCUCCCCGUCUGGUCCCAGAACCACCGCAGCGUCCGGCUGGCCUAYGCGGCCUGCGUGGUCAUCUGGGUCCUGGCCUUCUGCCUGAGCUCCCCGUCCCUCGUCUUCCGGGACACCGCCAGCCUGCACGGCAAGACCUCCUGCUUCAACAACUUCAGCCUGUCCGCCGCCGGCCCGGCCGGCCGGGUYGGGUCCAGCCCACACGUGCUGGUGACCGUCACCCGCUUUCUGUGUGGCUUCCUGGUCCCCGUCCUCGUCAUCACGGCCUGCUACCUCACCAUCGUCUGCAGGCUGCGGCGCCACCGCCUGGCCAAGACCAAGAAGCCCUUCAAGAUCAUCGUCACCAUCAUCGUCACCUUCUUCUGCUGCUGGUGUCCCUACCACACUCUCUACCUGCUGGAGCUACACCACACUGUCCUGCCUGGCCCCGUCUUCAGCCUGGGCCUGCCCCUGGCCACRGCCCUCGCCAUCGCCAACAGCUGCAUGAACCCCCUUCUGUACGUCUUCAUGGGCCAGGACUUCAAGAAGUUCAAGGUGACGCUCUUCUCCCGCCUGGUCAACGCUCUGAGUGAGGACACGGGCCACUCCUCCUUCCCCAGCCACAGGAGCUUCACCCGGAUGUCGUCAGUGAAYGACAAGUCUUCGGUGAACGAGAGGGAGACCAGCAUGCUGUGAGCCUCACCUGGGAGACCCGCAGCGGUCACUCCCAGCCCAGGGGUGCCCAGGGGUGCCCCGGGGACGCACCUUCUGAAGACCAAGGCAGGUACCUCCUGACUGCACCUUGAUGGAUACUCGCUGCAUUUUGCGUAGGGGUGAACCGUGUUUUGAAUCCAGGGUGGGGAACCCCUGUCUCUGAGUGGCAUGGGAGACAGAGCAGGCCAUGUCUCACAUGGACCUUGGACCAGCACCCUGAGCUUCAAGGGAGAGCAGCCUGGACCCACCCAGAGCAGCCAAGGAAGGAUUCUCAAAAGCACCCCCAUGAAAUGAGAUUGGCCUAAGGCUGUGGUAUUCAGCUGCCUACUGGGUACCCCAGGAAUACCCCGGGUCCUCUCCAAAGUCCCUGGAGGGAGCAGGAGAGGUCAGGGGGAACCUAGCGUGAAGCAGCUGACGCUCCGUCCCCCGAGAUCCUGGCCCUGCAGUGUCCCUCCGGGUGAGGCCUGUGGAAAGGCACAGGAUACUGACUGGAGUGACAGAUGCCUCUAACCGUGAACUUGACUUUGAGAGGAGUUGAGAAGAUGGAGACGAGGUCCGCAGGGCUUUGUGGAUUCUGGCAAGGUCCACACCAGGGAGCCUGCAACCGGGACUGGGGUCUGUGGAAAGGCAGAGCAAAGACUGACCAAGGCGUGGGCACGGCAGCUGGCCCCAGAGCUCCCCACGGUGGGGCACAUCAGCCCGCCCAGGGGUGGGGGUGGCGGUGGGGACCUGGGUGCUACCUGGCAGGACAGCCUGCAAGCUGCCUUCCCGAACCACGAACCUGAGACGAAGGCAAACAGCUCCCGUGUGUGCACUCCUUGUGUGGCUUAUUCUCUCCUUCCUUUGGCGGGAAGUGACAUUGUCCCACUGACAAAUGACAGAGCMGAGGCUCUGAGGAAGGAAGCCAGGCACCCAGCACCACACACGGCCUCACAGUGGCAGAGAUGCGAUCUGCCCCAGGCUCUGCCUCCAGAGGCUCCCCUCUGGUAUGGAGAAUUGGUCUGUUGAGGAGAUUCCAGACCAUCACGUGGCCCAUGUUCAGCGUCCAUGAGAUAUUUACUCCCCACGGUGGCCCUGARCUAGGCACAGUGGUGAUUUCCCUUUUGCAUAUGAGGAAUCUGCAGCUCAGAGAGGUUAAGGGACUUGCCCAGGGUCACCCAGCUAGUUUGCUGGAGGCUGGAUUGGAACCUCAGUUUGCUGGGUUCGAACAAGGCGGCAGAGGCAGGAAGGAGCUAGAGAGGUGGGGGUGCUGCUGGGGGUUGAGCCCAGGGGCGCUUUACCACCGAGCUACAU